AUGUUGUAAGAUGCCUAUCUAUUAUUUUUAAGCUCUCUAUUCUUUCUAAUCUAAAAUUUCUAAUAAUUUCUUAGAAUUCUUACUUUUAAUCGAAAUCAAAUAUAUUAGCAUUUACUAUUAAUUAUUUUCUUUAUAAGCUAACUUCUAAGAACUUUUAAUCUUACUAAAAGUACAGUUAAGCUAAGCUAAGAUUAGAAUUAAAAUUUUUCAACUAGUUUAAUAAUUUAAAAGAUUAACAUCCAACCACUUAGAAAGAAAAUAUUUAAAUAUCUUUCCUAUUUAAGUUAUAAAAAUAUUUUUCAAGUUAAUCUUAUUUUCCAAAAUAUAAAUCAGCUUUUAUUUCUAAUUUUACUACUUAGGCUUUUGUUUGAUUUGGAAUAAAAGAAAGAAUUUCAAAGAUAAUUGGAUCAUUAAUUUUAUUUUUUUUACUAUCUAUUAUCUUUAUAUCUAUAUAUUCAAAUGUAUGUCGCCAUUUCUAAAUUAUAUGAUAGCAAUCCUACAAUACAGUUAAAUUACUAUAUGUUAAAUCUUCGUUGUAAUGAAGUAUAAGUUCACUACCUUUUAAGAUAAGUUUAAAGUUUUUUUAUCCAAUUAAUUCUAAAUGGCUCAAUUCUUAACUUUCAUAUUUCUUUUCUAAAAAUUUUUUACCAAUUUAAGCUAAAACCUUCGCUUAGAGCAGCUCAUUAUUUUUUCCCUUAAAAAUUUUGUUAAAUUCUAGCUUUAAACCUAAAAGAUUGCUUUCAUUUAAAUUUAAAUUAGAAAAAUCUGUAUUAAUUGGUAUGUAAUUGUUUUUGUAUUAGUUAUUAUCCAUGA